AUGGUGCAGCUAACGGAAGCACAGGUCUUGGGUAGAGCUAGAGGCGCUUCAAAGAAAACCAUUACUGAUCUAGCGAGUAUAAGAAAUUUGAACUUGUGGGGCCAAAACUUGACCGAUGUAACAGUUCUUCAGCGACUAGUCAACUUGGAAGUUCUUUCACUGGCCAUAAAUUCUUUGACCUCCCUGGCACCAUUUCGAAACCUGACAAAUUUGAUAGAAUUGUAUCUUCGCCGUAAUAAUGUAUCCGAUCCUGGAGAGCUGUACCACUUGCGCAACCUGUCCAAGCUGCGUGUCUUGUGGUUGAGCGAGAAUCCGAUCGCUCAGCGGCCUGAUUACCGGCAGAUGGUGCUGCGUCUACUACCUCAGCUUCGGAAAUUGGACGAUCGGGAUGUAACAGAUCGCGAGCGGGAGGAGGUGCUUGCCAUGGGACCGGUCACCAAUGCUUCCCCUUCUCGGCCAUCACCAUCGUCAGCAGCUCCGACUCCUACCUGGAUGCGUGACGAACCCCGGGAACGGGAGGAGCAACAUAUCCGGGGGUCUGGACUGGAGGUUGUGGGGAUGCCCCAUCAAAACCCGGAUGGACGCAUCGGCCGUCCACGACGGCGGACGGAUGAUGACCAAUCAGUUUUUACGAGUCCUACUGCAGUACAUGAGAAAUUUAGCAGCUCAGCAUAUGGAGCAGGCGGAAUUCCUCCAAAUCUGGGAGCCGGCCAGAAACAGCAUUCUCCAGCAACAAAGCAAGAGCGGUUUCCUACGCCUCCAAGGACGAACCCUCAAAACAAGGGUGAUAUACGGCCAUCUGAUGCUGUUCAAAAGCGGAGGCCGACGUGGCUGGUUCACGCUGAAGAGUUGGGUCAAGUAAAGGAUAGAAUACGCGCCGCUUCAUUAGACGCUCAAGUGGCCGAAAGUAGUAGAGAAGAUGAGGAUGACAGCCGCAAAUCGACGACGCAGAAUAACAUAUUAUUUGCGAUACUUUCGCUAAUCAAAGAGCUGGAUAAUCCGUCUCUCCACGUCGUUGGGCAUGAGGUGCAGCGCAUAAUGGCGGAGAAGAUUACGUAA